CUCUCUCUCUCUCAUGCACUCACCUAAUCCCACCCCCUAAAACACUCUUGACCCUGUUACUCGUCUCUUUUACCCGUGUGUAGGGGUUUCAUACAGGGGGCCUCAGGACUUGGUCUUGUCUGUUCUGGGUGGUGGGGAUCACAGUACUGAAUCAUGAAGUGGAACCUAGUGUUCCUUGGGCUCCUUCUGACCUUCGGGCAGCUGUCAUGGGGGCAGAAAGGUAUGGACAUCCCGGAGUACGAUGGAAAGGACCGCGUUCACGACUUAAAUGCCAAGAAUUACAAGUCUGUGAUGAAGAAAUAUGACGUGAUGGUGGUGUACUACCACGAGCACGUAGGAUCCAGCAAAGUCGCCCAGAAACAGUUUCAGAUUGAGGAGCUGGCCCUUGAGCUUGCUGCACAAGUCCUGGAGGAUCUUGACGAUGAGGACAUCGGAAUCGGCCUACUCGAUGAAAAGACAGACAAAGCUGUUGCCAAGAAAUUAGGUCUGGAUGAGGCUGACAGUAUCUACAUCUUCAUUGAGGACGAGGUCAUUGAGUACGAUGGAGAGCUUGCUGCGGACACACUGGUGGAGUUCCUCUAUGAUGUCAUUGAGGAUCCAGUUGAGAUCAUUGACAAUAUGCGAGAGUUGAAAGGUUUCCAUAAUAUUGAGGAGGAUAUCAAGCUGGUGGGCUUCUUCAAGAGUCAGAAAUCUGAGCACUACCAUGAAUAUGAAGACGCAGCAGAAGAGUUUCAUCCACACAUCAAGUUCUUUGCCACCUUUAGUCCAAAGGUUGCUAAGUCUCUAGACUUGAAGUUGAAUGAGGUGGACUUCUAUGAGCCCUUCAUGGACGAACCCGUCGUCAUCCCUGGUAAACCCUACAGUGAGAAAGAACUUGUUGACUUCAUUGAGGACAAUGACAGGCCAACACUGAGGAAAAUGCAGCCAUACAACAUGUAUGAGAUCUGGGAGGAUGCUCUUGAUGGCGAGCAUAUAAUUGCUUUUGCUGAGGAGGGAGACCCAGAUGGCUUUGAAUUCCUUGAAAUCGUGAAGGAGGUGGCAGAGGAUAACACAGACAAUCCCAACCUGAGCAUCGUCUGGAUCGACCCUGAUGACUUCCCUCUGCUUGUCCCCUAUUGGGAGAACACCUUCGACAUUGACCUGUCCUCACCUCAGAUUGGUGUAGUGGAGGUUGAUGAUGCUGAGAGUAUCUGGUUUGAUAUGGAUGAUGAUGAUGACAUGCCAACAGUUGAAGAGCUGGAGGAUUGGCUGGAGGAUGUGCUAGAGAACAAAAUCGAUCCUGAUGACGAUGACGACGACGAUGAUGAUGAUGAUGACGACGAUGACGACGACGAUGAUGAUGAUGAUGACGAUGAUGACGAUGAUGACGAUGAUGAUGACGACGACGACGAUGAUGAUGACGACGAUGAUGAUGAUGACGACGACGAUGAUGACGACGAUGAUGAUGAUGAUGACGACGAUGAUGACGACGAUGAUGAUGAUGAUGACGACGACGAUGAUGACGACGAUGAUGACGACGAUGAUGACGACGACGACGAUUAAACUCUUACCAUUUUACAUUAUCAAAACUAAAGUCUGUUUAAUUGCAAUUGUCUAAAUCAUCAACGUGAUAAAAAUUCCUUUGUUAUUUUUUGUCGGAUAUCACAAGGUUAAAAAUUUCAUCAUUUAACUGUGACCUUCCACGCAUAUCUAGGAAUGCACUCAUCAUUCUCUCUCCUAUUGACCCAAUUGUGUAUUCAAAGACCACUCUCUCUCUUAAACCUUCAGAUAUUCAAAUGUUGACAUCACUUCUAAAACCAGAAUCAUUGGCAAAAGAUGUAUUCCUUUCAGUUUAUUCCCAUCCAUUUAUUUCAUUCAGAAGGACAUACUGUAAUUGGCAGUUAAAUAACCACUAAUACAUUUGGAAAAGGAACUGACUUUCAAGGAUAAAAAAUGUUAAACAAAAUUGUAAGAUAGUCAGAGGGAGCAGUAAGAUUAUUUUAAGUGUACAUCCAUCUGUUAAAUUAGUUGUUAUUGUCUCAAUGUUUAUUUGUAUUAAUAUGUGGAUGGAUUGUUUGUCCCACUGUGAUAGGACCUAAAGGUGCUAAGCAGGCUUUUCCUCAAGGUCAUUUGCCAUACCUUCUUUCUUUGUUAAGACAGGAUGUGACCUUAUGUGACAUUAGACAGAGAAGGGAUUGUCAAGCCUUCCUUCAGUGUCUAAAAAAUGCAGUAAAUCACACGUUUUCUACUGAAAAGACACAUGAAUAUUUUAUUAUUUUUUAAUAAAGACAACUUGGUCUGACUCUUAAGUCUUAAAAUAAAAACAGAUUGGAAUAAA